AAACGUCACAACUGCCAACAGUAUAUUCUUCCGGUUUCUAGUGAAGGUUGGAGGUUGGCGAUCGUCAGUCGUCGCAUAAAUAAUUUAGUUUGGUUAUUGGUUACUGCCUUAUAAACUCCUAAAAUAGAUUUAUCAUGUUUCUUUGGGAUUGGUUCACCGGUGUACUCGGAUAUUUAGGUCUUUAUAAGAAGUCUGGCAAGCUUCUGUUUCUUGGUUUGGACAAUGCCGGCAAAACCACCUUGCUUCACAUGCUCAAAGAUGACCGCUUAGCCCAGCCAGUCCCUACCUUACACCCCACCUCAGAAGAACUGUCUAUUGGCAACAUGAGGUUUACCACCUUUGACCUUGGGGGCCACACACAAGCGCGGAGAGUGUGGAAAGAUUACUUCCCCGCAGUGGAUGCCAUUGUGUUCCUAGUGGAUGCGUCAGACCGCGAUCGGCUACCUGAGAGCCAAUCUGAGCUAUUCAGUCUUCUAGCAGACGAGAGCCUCAGUAACUGCCCUGUUCUCAUCCUCGGAAACAAGAUCGAUCGUCACGGCGCUGCCUCAGAAGAUGAGCUCCGUGGCUUCUUCAAUCUCUACGGCCAGACCACUGGCAAGACUAAAGUUCCUCGCUCAGAACUACAAGCAAGACCUCUGGAACUGUUCAUGUGCUCGGUGCUCAAAAGACAAGGGUAUGGAGAUGGUUUCCGCUGGCUAGCAGAGUACAUCGACUGAUCUGGAGGCUGCCAAGAGAAGAAGAAGAGGCAAGCAACCAACAACCUUUGACACGAUCCAACCAACCAAAUUGUGAUACAUAUUGUGUUUUUGUAAGACAAGACAGACGGUUGUGAAGUGCGCCGUUCCGCUGCCCAACCUUUCCAUCGUCUGGUGCUUCACCGUUUCAUGCUUUACCCGGGUUUGUUAUUGUAAAUUUUUAUUUCGUCAUCUGUCAGAACAUUCGAUUGCGGUUAAAACACACUGUAUAAAUUAACAAUGUUUUCUACAUCAUGUAGCUGUAAGAUUAGUCUCCCACUCGUUUUCCAGUAUUUUCUUUUAUUUAUUUGUAUGUCCAACCUUCAUAAUAUAGAUUAAUAUAUUAAAGACAGCUAUUUGGUA